AACUAGUCAUUUCUCACUGCGCUGUGUGACUUCUAAAGUUUGUCCCAACAAGCGAUGAAAGACUUUUCCGACGAAAGCACGGGAGUUCAAAGGGAGUGUAAAUGUCUGCUUCCUGACCGCAACCUAUUUACAGUAUCUCAACGAGCCAAUUAAGUUACAGUACUCCAGAGUCAUGAUUAGCCGGUUAUCAAAGCGCGAGACUGGAGUCUCCAGACUAACUUAUAUUGGUGCCAAGCAGCCGAGAAGUUGACUGCUUGUAAGAAAUUUACCUGGGAAGGGACAUAAUCAGUUGAGGCAAUAUGUCUUCUAGAGUGAAAUAUGGCUCGGCUUUUUCCCCUGUCAUCCCUUCUAAAUCCGUCUUAAAUCAUCCUUUCUCCAUUAAAAACCUGCUCAGUCUCUGCGACGACCGACGAGGUGAAGACAACGAACAUAAUAAAAGAUUCGCCAAUCUUUCCCCUGCCAGCGAAAACACGGCAAGGAAAACACGCCCCGUGAAAGAGGGCACAGGUUUGAGUGCAGCACAAGGUAACUUCGAUCUAAACAGUGUCUGGCCGGCAUGGGUUUAUGCUACGAGAUAUUCGAGGCACGGUAUCCCUCCAGCAAACUAUGCAAACCCACGAAGGCCUCGCAAACCUAUCAAGAGACAGAAGCAACGGCCUCUUUUCUCGCCAGAACAGCUCCAAAAACUCGAAGAAGAGUUUGUCAACGAAAAAUACAUCUCCAAGUCUCGACGGUGUAAACUAGCCGCAGAAAUAAGCCUUACUGAAGCGCAAGUCAGAACAUGGUUUCAAAACAGACGAACAAGAUGGCGUAAAGAAGUACAUGAAGAGGACGACGAUCCCAGCUGGACCACGCACACUGGAAUGGCAAAAUAUGACGCUAGUGUCUUAACUGCUAACUGUAUGAUAGUACGAGGAUAUUGCUCAUCUUGAAACUGUGACUUCCACACAGAUGCAUUUACCCUCAUUUUAAAGUCCUGUUAGUUACUUUUUCUCCGACAAUAACACUCGUGCAGUGCAGUAAACUGAGUAAGAAGAAUAUUUGCCAUCAAUAAAAUACGUGGCAAACCAAGGAUUUCCAGGCAAAAU